AUGUCAGCAAAAGCAGUUAGUGAAUAUACGGGCAAGGAAUUGCUAUAUAGACAUUUGAAGGAACUGGAGUUUAUCGAGAAGCCACAGGCGUUGAGACUUACUUCAAGUGACUCAUUCGAUGUUGUGACGGACGAAAUUGAGUGGCUUACUCAUGAUAAGAAAGCCGUAAUUAAGCCAGAUCAGUUGAUCAAGCGUCGAGGUAAACUGGGUUUGGUGAAAUGCGGGAAUUUGUCUGUUCUCCGUGAUUGGUUCAACGAAGUGAAAGAUAAAAGCAUACAGAUUGGCGAAACAAUUGGAAGUUUGCGUAAUUUCAUUGUUGAGCCGUUCUGCAACCAUUCAGAUACCGAUGAAAUGUAUAUUGCUAUAUUUAGCAGACGUGAAGAUGACGUCAUUCUCUUUUAUGAGCAUGGUGGAGUCGAUGUUGGAGACAUUGAUGCCAAGGCUCGUAAAUUGUAUAUCCCAGUGGAUAUCGACAGACAGAACAAUUUUAUCUCUGAUGAUGAUGUUGAGUCAGUGAUCGGCCCAGUUGAAAGCCAGAAAUUAUCGCUUCUGAAAACCUUUGUAAAAGCUCUCUACCAUGUAUAUAGAGAUAACUACUUCACCUAUUUAGAAAUAAAUCCAUUUGUUCUGGUCAAUAACAAAAUUUACAUACUUGAUCUUGCUGCAAAACUUGAUGAAACAGCGCUGUUUAUUUGUUCGGAGAAUUGGAAAACCAGAAACGGAGAGCCAGUUGAUUUUCCUGCUCCUUUUGGAAGAGAUAAAAUGGCAGAGGAGAAAUAUGUUGCUGAUCUCGAUUCAAGAACUGGCGCUUCAUUGAAAUUAACUAUUUUAAAUCGCCGAGGUCGCAUCUGGACUAUGGUAGCUGGUGGCGGUGCUUCUGUUGUUUACACUGAUACAAUUUGCGAUCUGGGAGGAAUGUCUGAGUUGGCAAAUUAUGGUGAAUAUUCUGGUGAUCCAUCUGAAAUAAUGACUUAUGAAUAUGCAAAGACAAUACUCAGUGUGCUUACGGAAGGCGCACCACAUCCGAAAGGCAAAAUUCUAAUUAUUGGUGGCUCAAUUGCAAAUUUCACCAAUGUUGCGAAUACAUUUAAGGGAAUUAUAAGAGCUCUUGAGGAAUAUGCGAAACGUCUACAUGAGCAUAAGGUCACUAUAUACGUACGAAGAGGAGGACCAAAUUAUCAGGAAGGAUUAAGGAAAAUGAAAGAAACUGGUUCUCGUCUGAACUUAUCAAUUCAUGUGUAUGGACCAGAAACCCACAUGACGAGUAUCGUAGCAACAGCACUGGGAUUGCGUCAUGCUUCAGAUAGCCCGUUAGCUCUACGAGCUACUGGUCAAUUUCCUUUUCCAUCAAAAAAAGAUACUAUGGGAACUACUGAGUCAAAAUCUUCCUUAGCAUCACCGGUAAGGAAGACUAUGAAACUGGCAGCAGAUGGAGAUGAACCGAUGAAAACCAGCGAUAACGGAGUUAGACUGGAAAGCAGUUUAUUUGAGAGUGAUACAAAAGCCAUUGUAUGGGGACAGCAAACAAAGGCUAUACAGAGUAUGCUUGAUUUCGAUUUCGUUUGUGGUCGUUCACAGCCCUCUGUGGUUGCGUCAACAUAUCCUUUUACAAGUGACCAUAAACAGAAAUACUAUUUUGGCCAAAAAGAAAUUCUGAUGCCAGUAUACAAAUCAAUGAAGGACGCUUUCAUUAAGCAUUAUGAUGUUUCUGUAUUUAUAACUUUUGCUUCUUUGCGAUCUUGCUAUUCAACAGUUCGAGAAGCUUUGGACUUCCCACAAAUUCGUGUUAUUGCAAUAAUUGCUGAAGGCAUGCCCGAAAAUCAAACUCGGCAGUUGAUUAAGUUGGCAAAUGAGAAAGCCAUUACAUUGAUUGGGCCGGCCACAGUGGGUGGCAUUAAACCUGGUUGUUUUAAAAUUGGUAACACUGGUGGCAUGAUGGACAAUAUACUGUCGCUAAAAUUGUAUAGGCCAGGGAGUGUUGCGUACGUUUCACGUUCCGGAGGAAUGUCGAAUGAACUCAACAACAUCAUUUCUCAAAAUGCCGAUGGAGUUUAUGAAGGAAUUGCUAUUGGAGGUGACAGAUACCCAGGAAGCACGUUUGUUGACCACCUUCUUCGAUAUGAAAUGGAUGACAGAGUAAAAAUGAUGGUUAUGCUUGGUGAACUAGGUGGUGACGAAGAAUACAAAGUUGUUAAGGCGCUGAAGGAAAAACGCUUUACGAAACCUCUAAUCGCUUGGUGCAUUGGAACUUGUGCAGAUUCCAUCACAUUUGAGAUCCAAUUUGGUCACGCAGGUGCAUCUGCUAACGCAAAAACUGAAACUGCUAAUGCUAAAAAUUUGGCAUUAAAAGAAGCUGGGGCUCACGUGCCACAUUCCUUUAACGAUUUGGGUGACGAAAUUGCCAAGAUUUACCAAGAACUUUUGCAAAAAGAAGUAAUUGUACUGAGAGAAGAACCGUCACCUCCUACUGUACCUAUGGAUUACACUUGGGCAAGAGAGUUAGGUUUAAUACGGAAAUCAACGUCAUUUAUAACGUCGAUAUGUGACGAACGAGGCGAUGAGCUGCUUUACGCAGGUGUGCCAAUAUCACGUGUGCUUGAACAAGAUAUUGGCAUUGGAGGUGUGCUUAGUUUACUUUGGUUUCAGAAACGACUGCCAGAUUACGCAAAUAAAUUUAUUGAGAUGUGUUUGAUGAUAACUGCAGACCAUGGACCUGCUGUAAGCGGUGCUCACAACACGAUUGUGUGUGCUCGAGCAGGGAAAGAUUUGGUGUCAUCUUUGGUUUCUGGGUUAUUAACAAUUGGUGAUCGAUUUGGGGGUGCGCUAGAUGGUGCAGCGCGGCAAUUCAGUGAGGCAUUUGAUAAGGGAUUGAGUCCCAUGCAAUUUGUCAAUAAACAACGUCUUGCUGGUGAACAUAUCAUGGGAAUUGGCCAUCGUGUCAAAUCGAUCAAUAAUCCAGAUAAACGUGUUGAUGUGUUGAAAAAUUUUGUUCUGGAUCGAGAAAAAUUCAAACAAGGAACUCCGUUACUAGAGUACGCGUUGAAAGUUGAGAAGAUCACUACAUCGAAGAAAGCAAAUUUAAUAUUGAACGUCGAUGGAGCAAUCGCUGUCAUUUUCGUGGACAUACUUCGCUGUUCCGGGAUGUUUACCCCAGAAGAAGCGCAGCAAAUCAUCGAAAUCGGGACUAUAAAUGGGCUUUUUGUUCUGGGACGAAGUAUUGGAUUUAUUGGACAUUACUUAGAUCAAAGAAGGCUCAAGCAAGGACUGUAUCGACAUCCAUGGGACGAUAUAACAUAUAUAUUGCCAGAAAAGGAAUUCAAUAAUGAUUUGAACUCGUGA